CUGAAACUGUACAUUAUCUUAAUAAUUUAGGUAUAGUACCAUCGGAAAUCCUUGCACGUGGCCCAAAAGCACAUCUUGCCUAUCAAACAGCAUUGAAAAGUGGGAAAGUCAAAAAUUGUCGUGUGCCUAUUAUUGUGGUUGGCCAAUCUGGAUCUGGAAAGACAAGUUUACUCAGAUCACUUUAUAGAGAAAAAUUCAAUCCCUCGGAAGAUAGCACCGUUGGCGCAAAGCUUCAGCGAUCGUUAUGUAGGGCGGAAGAAGGCGAGUGGGAGAAAACCGAAACUGACGAAAACACAGUUUACAAUCGAUGUGCUGCAAGAGCAAUGGCGCCACAAUUACUGACGACAGAUUCCAUGGAAUCCGAUAAUGACGACAGCCAUGAUAAUGAAAAUUCCCUAGCAGAAGAGACAGUUGAAAACGACGACACAAAAGCAUUUCCAGUAGAGAAGAAAGUUUUGCACUUCGAUGAAGAUUCUGAAGUGGCACAGGAAGAAACAACACAAGAAGACUUUCACAAAGAUGUCCUCGAGCCUAAGCAGCUUCCUGAGCAAGUUGCAAUAUGCGCCGAGAAUAUUUUAGAAAACCCUGAAUCUGCAAAGCAAAUGGAAAAUGAUCUAUUUUUACACACCAUGGACUUUGCAGGACAACCAGUCUACAGUGUCACGCACCCGGUGUUCCUUCCCCCGAAGGGGAUCUUUCUUCUUGUCCAUAACUUGGAAAACGAUCUGCAUGCUCAAGCGACUCCUAUGGUAAAAUGUGGAGCAGUAGAAUUAACAGUCGACGAUCAUUGUCCUAUGACCAAUAUGGAUCAUUUGGAAUUCUGGUUAUCUUUGGUUGCAGCUAAUUCAACCCUCGAAGGUGGUUCUCCAGUCUUUGUGGUCUCUACUCAUGCCGACAAAUUUUCCACCCCGAAUGCAGAAACGAUUGCAAGGAAAAUUCUCCUUUACCUAAAGAGAGACGACUUUUCACCGGGAAAUCACGUUGUCCGUGGCAUACACAUCGUGGAUAACACAAUAUCGGGAAGCAAAGGACCAAACGACCCUGGUGUACAAAAUCUCAAAGUAGCAAUAUCUAACAAAGCGAGAAGCCUUCCUCAAUUCGAUGAAGAUAUCCCCAUUCGUUGGUUGCUUUUUGAAAAAAGCCUCAUGAAUGUUGUUAAAGAAGAACAGAAGAAAUACAUCUCACGUGAAGACGCCAAAUCCAUUGCCUUACAAUGUGAAGUAGAAGUUGAAUCGGAUGAGUUCCGCACUCUUUUGGAAUAUCUACAUGACUUGAAAGUGAUCAUCUACUUCCCCGAAACCAAUAUGAUCAUCAUCGAUACACAAUGGCUGCUUGACAUGUUUGCCAAGGUGAUAACUGUUCUACCAAUUGAAUGCCAUGAAGGGUACGAACACGAAUGGGAGAAACUAGAAGACCAGGGAAUAGUUGAUGAGACGUUUCUGAAGUACCUCUGGAAGGACGACAGCACUCCAGUGCAAUCGUUAAUUACCAUAAUGGAAAAGUUCUCCCUCAUCUGCAAGCAACAGGAUGGAUCAUAUCUGGUUCCUGCUAUGUUGUUGAACGCUCCAGAGUGCCAUGAAUUGAUGAAUACAGAUGAAAUGGCUUCGUCAUUGGUAAUUCGAUUCAAAAGUUCGCACCUUCCGUUCGGCGUUUUUCCAAGACUUUUUGCUGCUGUUCAUAAGUUGUGUAGCUCAAGAUGGCCUGAUUCUACCGCACCUAGUCUCUCCAGGAACUUUGCGAGAUUUUACAUUGCUAAUGACGCAUUCAGCUUGGUCCUCAUUUCCGAUGUCCAAACCAUUACUGUAGCCCUGGUCAAUGAAGAAACUCCUGGUAGUCAAGACGAUUAUCUAUGUUCCUUUCUAUUGAAGUUUCUGAGGAAAACUCUACCAGAAAUGAUGGAAUCAUUCCCUUGGAUGAAAAGCUUGGAGUUUGAGUUUGGUAUCCAUUGUCCAAUUUGUGAAGACGCUGUACCUUGUACAAAACACAACAAGAUGGCCUGUUCUAGAGACUCCUGUGCUCACUUCAUACCAGAGAAGGAACUGUUGAAAAAAACUAAGCCACGUUGCCACAAGAACCCUACAAAGCGUAACGUAAUUCCACCUUCAAGUUUCUCCCUCUGGUUUCGCUGCAACAACUCAGCUGAAGUCAAGGAAUCACAAGAACAAAUUCAAGAGAUCUGCUCGUGUUCAUGUUCUACAGAAGAUGACCAGGAAGUGUGCCAGGAAGUCAUUGCUGCUUUCAAUCAAAUCUCCCUGAAGACUAUUUCACAGGACGAGGUGACUAGAACAGCUAAGAGAAUCGCAGAUACAUUCAACCUAGACAAAAACGAUACAGCCACUCCACCCAAAGAUAUCACACAGAAGUGCAGGGCUAGCUGUAAAUGGUUGAUUGCUCAAGGAGGGGAGGUUUUUGUAGAAGCUUUACGAAAUGAGCUUCCUAGUGGAAUGACAGGUCCUUUGAGAGUUGGAUAUGAUGUCAAAGUAUGCGACAUGGAUUCUAUGACAAAAACACAGUUCUCACAAGCAUUAACAGCCAAAGAAAUGGAGUGGAAGGCUUUCGCUAAGGAGAAAGUAGGAUUAUCUUCUGACGAGAUUGAAUUUUUGGACAAAAGAAAAUCAAACCCUGUUCUAGAAAUACUGAAUGAGCAUUGCCAUGACUGGUCUGUGGAGCAACUUUAUGAUGCUGUAGUCAGUGUUGGAGCAGACGCGAUCGCAGAUCGAUACCUUUAAUUCAGUAAAUUUAAAUUGUAAAUAGAAGGCGUACUUUGGUACUACAAAACGCUAUUUUAAAUACCUUUUGAGAGAACUUUAAAAGGACUUACUAUUUCAUACUAUGUAUUAUAUUUUUAUCAAAAUAAGCAAUUAAUCCAGCUAAGUGGACCUCAAAGGGAUGAUAUUUUUCAAAAGGCUCAGUUUAUGUCUUUUCGUUUGUGCCCAAUUCAUCGUUUUCAACUAUUCCCAUGAGAUUCAAAAGAUAAAAGACCGGCGGCCAUGUUGGAGGAAUGAAUAAUAGAUACUAAUUAGAAAUCCUUUGUUGAAGUUCCUACAAGAUGGCCGCUGUGACGUAACUUGAAAACGAAGAAUACCUCCCUUGGUUCAAUUCCACGGGGUGACCUUUAAUAGGCUAUACUACUGAAGAUAGAUUUUCUGGAAUUUCGAUGGCUUAACUGUUGUGAUGAACAUUCAAAUGCCUCUUUUCUCAUUACUGAUUGUUUAGCGGAGAAGAAACGAAUAAAUUAGAUAAUAAAUGUUCUUUUAAAUAA